AUGAAAGAGUUUUAAUUUAACAAAUGUGGCUUUUUUUUUUUAGAAAUAAUGUAGUAAUUCCAGAUGAAAUCAAGCUAACAGUUGAGUUCAAUAGAAGUCUUCAUUAUCUGAAGCUGUCAUGAGAGAAAACCACAUGAUAAAGGUUUCUUCCAACAACGGUCCCUUUCACGUCACAUGAAGCCUUGAACUAAUCCCGCCGUCACCGCAGUCGGUAUAAGUGCGGCCUCAGCUGACGGCGGCGGACAGACGGAGAGCUCCACGCCGAGAUGAACCUGCUCUUCUUCCUCGCUCAGUUCAUCAGCACCGUCCCCAUCACCGCCGUGCUGGUCUUCGUCCUCCUCAAGCUGCUGGCUCGCGUAAACCGCCGCGGAGGCGUGGACGGCGUCGGCCGGGCUGUGCUGGUCACGGGCUGCGACAGCGGCUUCGGACACCAGCUGGCUGGAGCUUUGGACCAAAAGGGGUUUGUGGUUUUCGCGGGGUGUCUGUCUCCAGACGGGGAGGGAGCUCAGAACCUGAUCCGGGAGAGCUCCGGUAAUCUGAAGGUUCUGAAGCUGGACGUCACCAAAGAGGAAGAGGUGCAGCGGGCCAAGAAGACGGUCCAGGAGAACCUGCCCGAGAAAGGUCUGUGGGCCGUCGUGAACAAUGCCGGGGUCUCGGACUGGGCCGAGAUCGAAUGGAGUAACGUGGAGGAUUUCCACAGCAUGGCGGACAUCAACCUGUUCGGCGCCAUCCGGACCGCUAUCGCCUUCCUGCCUCUGGUUCGCGCCGCCAAAGGUCGGAUGGUGUUCGUGUCGAGCAUCUUCGCCUUCUUCCACUGCCUGAACAUGGCGGCCUACAGCGUGUCCAAGAGGGGCCUGGAGGCGUUUGCUGAUUGUUUGAGGGUAGAAAUGGCCAGUUUUGGAGUGAAGGUCAGCAUCAUCCAGCCGGGGAAUUUCUCUGGAGCCACAAACAUCUUGAAGACCAAAACUGCUUUGGAUCUCUGGGUGAAACUUGACGAGGACAGAAAGAAAAUCUUCAACCGUCGGUACGUGGAAGUGGCCCACGACUACUUCAAGUCAACGUGCACGACGGGAUUCAAAACGGCAGAGCCAGUCGUCACGGCGAUGAUGCAUGCGCUCACGUCUACCCGCCCAAAGAGCAGAUACCUGCUGGUGUCUGCGCUGGAUACGGUCUUCUUCAAGCUCUACCCUCUUCUCCCCACCGUCCUCGCUGACUCGGUCUUCUGCUUUAGCUCCAUGUACAGAACAAGAGCAGAAAUGCUCUUUGUUAAAUAACUGUUUUUUUACUCUUAAUAAAGGAAACAUCUCUUUUUUUAUUUUUUUUUUAUUUUUUUUUAUUUUCAAACAAGAACAACCAUAAAACAGAAAAAAAUGAAAAGAGCAAAAGCAUACAAACAAGAAACAGAGCAAAACAAAGCAUUUUUCCCCACAAUUAAUCUUGUAUGCAACAACAGAUGUUCAUAGUUCGAAAAAGGGCUUUGGAUGAAGCUAAUAGCUUAUCAACUCCAAGCCCCUUUGAUCUUUUUCAGCCCAAAUUAAAUAUACAAUUUCUCAUUCACUAUAUUGAGCUACAUGAA